AAAAAAACAAAAAAGCUUCUAUGAUUAAAGAUUUUUCAAAUAACAAUAAAAUUGAUACUAUAAACAAACAAGAUAACUUAUAUGUAAAUAAAGAUUGUUACCAGGUAACUGAUAUCUAUGAAGAACAAGACACUGAAGAUCUUGAAGGCUUUGACGAUUCUAUCACUAUUA